AUGGCAGAAAUACAAGUUAAUGAAAUGAAUUUAUCGAAAGAGGAGACUAAUAAUGAUGAUGAAGAAUGCCCAAUUAAAGAAGUUGAAAUGACAGUGCCAAAAACUGAUGAUCCAACAACACCUGUAUUAACAUUUAGAAUGUGGUUCCUUGGGAUCACUUCUUGUAUUUUGUUAUCUUUUGUGAAUCAGUUUUUUUGGUAUCGUACUCAACCGCUGACGAUUUCAUCGACAGCGGUUCAGAUCGCAGUGGUGCCCAUUGGGCACCUAAUGGCGAAAAUUAUAACAAAGAGGGUGUUUUUCGAGGGCACGAGUUGGGCGUUUACGCUCAAUCCGGGCCGAUUUAAUAUUAAGGAGCACGUGUUGAUUACGAUUUUCGCUAAUGCGGGCGCUGGAACUGUUUAUGCUACGCAUAUAUUGAGUGCUGUUAAACUUUACUAUAAGAGACCACUUGAUUUUUUUCCAGCAUUGCUUAUCAUGGCCACAACUCAGAUGUUAGGUUUUGGUUGGGCCGGUAUUUUCCGGAAGCUUCUUGUUGAGCCAGCAGAAAUGUGGUGGCCAGGCAGUUUGGUUCAGGUCUCCUUAUUCAGGGCUCUGCACGAAAAGGAGAAUAGAGCAAAAGGCAGUACAACACGGAUACAGUUCUUCCUCAUAGCCUUAGUUUUCAGCUUUGCAUACUACGUUUUCCCUGGUUACCUUUUCCAGAUGUUGACAUCAUUUUCUUGGCUGUGUUGGUUUGCUCCCAAAUCCAUCUUUGUUCAACAGUUGGGCUCUGGUAUGCAGGGCCUUGGUAUUGGUGCCAUAGGAUUCGAUUGGACAACCAUUUCAUCGUACCUUGGAAGUCCUUUAGCUAGUCCAUGGUUUGCCACUGCCAAUAUUGGAGUUGGUUUUGUACUUGUAAUGUAUUUCAUGACUCCGCUCACUUAUUGGUACAACGUUUACAAAGCCAAAACUUUCCCAAUUUUCUCUUCUGACCUCUACACGGUAAAUGGGACGGAAUACAACACUGAGGGGGUCAUUGAUCCACACUUUCAGCUUGAUUAUGCUGCCUAUAAUCAAUAUGGUCAGUUGCAUUUGAGUACCUUCUUUGCCAUGACAUAUGGUCUUGGAUUUGCUGCUCUUGGCGCUAUUUUUGUGCACGUUUUUCUCUUCCACGGAAGUGAAGUGUGGAAUGGAUUCAGAGAAGCAUUCGACCAGCGAAAGAAAUUAGAUGUGCACACAAGGCUAAUGAAAAAAUACAAGCAGGUUCCAAUGUGGUGGUUCCAUAUUGUUCUUGUUGUAAACAUGGCCUUAAUCUUCUUCAUUUGUCAGCAUUAUCUCGAAACAUUCCAAUUAACUUGGUGGGGUGUAUUGCUAGCUUUUGUUAUAGCCUUUGGUUUCACUCUACCCAUAGGAAUAAUUGUUGCUACUACGAACCAGCAACCAGGUCUUAAUAUCAUCACAGAGUAUGUUUGGGGGUAUAUGUACCCUGGAUUCCCCGUGGCUAACAUGUUGUUCAAGGUGUAUGGGUACAUUAGCAUGGCCCAAGCUCUUAGUUUUGUCUAUGAUUUCAAGCUUGGUCACUACAUGAAAAUUCCUCCAAGGGCAAUGUUUAUGGCUCAGAUGCUGGGAACAUUCAUAUCAAUAAUCAUAUACACAAUUACUGCAUGGUGGCUCAUGGGAUCAGUGCCAAAUCUCUGCGACGUCUCCAUGCUACCAGCCAACAGCCCGUGGAAAUGUCCACAGGACCGUGUUUUCUACGAUGCCUCUGUUAUCUGGGGGCUCAUUGGGCCAAAAAGAAUAUUUGGAUCACUUGGUGUUUACUCCAAUGUCAAUUGGUUCUUUCUAGGAGGAGCCAUUUCCCCUAUACUAGUUUGGUUGGCACAAAAGAUUUUCCCUAAGCAGAAAUGGAUUUCCCUCAUACACAUGCCAGUACUACUGGGCUCAACAGCCAUGAUGCCUCCAGCAAGCUCAGUGAACUACACGAGUUGGCUGAUUGUAGCAUUCCUUUCUGGUUAUGUUGUCUACAGACGUUGGCCUCACUUGUGGGAACGUUACAACUAUGUUUUAUCUGGUGGUCUGGAUGCUGGAACUGCUUUCAUCGCGGUCUUGUUGUUCAUCACCAUACAAUCGAAAGAUAUCAAUAUCGACUGGUGGGGAAAUAAUAUAGAUGGAUGUCCGUUGGCUGCUUGUCCUACGGCUAAAGGGGUUCCUGCUAAAGGAUGUCCAGCCAUUCUGUAAUUUCUUUUAGAAGUAUAUCUUGAAGUCAUUAGUUUCUAUACUAGUUCAUGAACUCAUCAGUCUUUUUCAACAUCUUGUACAAUCUUUCUCUGAA